GAGAUGGAUGACCUGCGAUCGGCAUCAUGUCUUUUCCCGACGCGACACGACAUUGAAAGAGAAGAUAAAAGGAGGGGAUAGCGUCAUUUUGUCAUGAUAGACUUAUUGUUGCUAACUACCUAUACUACUACCUAAUGAAUAGAACACAUUUAUUCUGUAUACAAAACAUAUUAUAAGGUUAACAGUUUACUAAUCUAUCUGGGUAUUCAUUUCAAGAAACACCCUUAUACAUACACACACAAUCAUGGCCCCGCCGGUCUCCGAAUUCAAGCUCAACAAUAACGGGAUCCCGAACUUCGAGGACCUCCCCUUACGGCAGACAGACCCGCACUACUCGGCAUGGGGCUUAUACGGCGACAAGGACGAGCUAGGAACACUCAACCGACUAACAGACGAGCGGGUAGCCGCCGCAGCCAAGAACGAGAUCAAGACUGGUCGCAGGAUCUCCCUAAACUGGCCUCUCAACGCGCAGCCCCAAAAAUCCUUCUUCUCCCGCCACGUAUUCACGCAAUCCCUCAUCCGCAAGUCCCCGCGCGUCGUCAACGACGACGUCUGGACUUUCAACUCCCAGGUAUCCACGCAGUGGGACGGCCUGCGACACUAUGCGUACCAGCGCGAGGCGCGGUUUUACAACGGCGUGACUAUGGAGGAUAUACACGGCGUCGGCGGGGAUGGUGGGAAGACUACGGUUAAUGGGAUACAUGCAUGGGCGGAGCAGGGUAUCGUAGGUCGCGGCGUCUUAGUCGAUUACCACAGCUGGCGGCUCGCGCAACCUGCUGCUAACCUUAAGCCCUACGACCCGUUUAAGAGCGAUGCGAUCCCGCUUGAGGACCUUCAGGCGUGUCUAGCUGCGCAAGGGACUGAGGUUAAAUUCGGUGAUAUCUUGUUCAUCCGCUCAGGCUUCACAGCAACCUACCCCCAGAAAACCGCCGCCGAGCUCAGCGCCUACCAAGCCGUAGUCCCGCACCACUUCGGCGGCGUCGAGCGGUCGGAAUCCAUGCUGCGCUGGAUCUGGGAGCACUUCUCGGCCGUGGCAGGGGACCAACCCUCUUUCGAGAGCUGGCCCGCACCCCCCGACUCCCCGCACAUCCUGCACGAAGUCCUUCUUUCUGGUUGGGGGUGUCCGAUCGGCGAGCUAUUUGACCUAGAAAAGCUCGCCGCAUACUGCGAGGCGCAGCAGCGCUGGUCCUUCUUCGUCGUCAGCGAGCCGUGUAAUGUCCCCGGCGGCGUCGCCAGUCCGCCCAAUAUACUCGCUAUUUUCUAGGUUAUACGACCAAUGUAGAUACAUAUGUGAGCGGGUUUGGAAUUGGGCGUUGUUGUGUAUAGGUGGGAUAAGGGAAGCUUCUACCGCUGUCAAAGGAAUGUGAGAGGCCAAUUAAAAGGAUGGGUGGAUAGCUUCGCUUUAGCCACGCUAUCCACUAACCACCUACCACCUAAGCCGUUGACGUAGGGGCGAGACGAGACUCUUUGGGAGUCGAAAAAUCUAGGAGGCAUACCUCGUCAGUAUCAUGAUUAGCCGUCCCAUGCGCCAAGUAUUUGUCUAAUUCAGUAAUCACAUGUCUAAGCGCUUUAAUAUAAUGUUAAAUCGGUUCUACGGAUAAUAGUAGAUCAAGGUCAGAUAUUCGUAGGGCUAGUACCGUCCUACGGCUCUAGCACA